AUGUCAGGCCGCAGUAGAGUAGGCUUUUGUCUCAGCGACAAGAAACGGAAGAGAAUGAACCUUGCAGCUUUUUCUGAGAUGUGUGCGGGCCACGGGGUCAAGGUGGUGGAGAUUGAUCUCGGCCAGCCGCUGGCCCCCCAGGGGCCCUUCGACGUCAUUGUCCACAAGCUGUCUGACGUCAUCGUGGAGUCCGAGCACGACCAACAGUCUAAGCACCUCCUUGCCAACUUCCAGAGCUACAUGUUGGCCCAUCCCGGUACCGUUCUCCUGGACCCGCUGCCCGCCAUGACCCGGCUCCUAGACCGCUUCACAUCCUACCGGAUCAUGAGCAAACUGCACAAGUCCCUCAGAGACUGGCGUAUAUGCAGCCCGCCGUACCUGGCCAUCCACAGCACCGGGGACUUGGCCUCCGUACAGACGGCCAUGGAGGAGCAGGGCCUGAGCUUCCCUCUCAUCUGUAAAACCAGAGUGGCCCAUGGCUCGCUGUCCCACGAGAUGUGUCUGAUCUUCAGCGCGGGCGGCCUGCCUGACGUCCGCCCCCCCUGCGUGCUGCAGAGCUUCGUGAGCCACGGCGCCGUGCUGCACAAGGUGUUCGUGGUGGGGGACCGACACUUCUGUGUUGAGAGACCCUCGCUCAAGAACUUCCCCUCCGGACCCUGCGACAGGAAGACCAUCUUCUUCAACAGCCACGAGGUCUCCAAGCCAGAGUCCAGCUCCCACCUCACAGCGCUGGACGAGCAGACGCCCUGCCUGCCGCCCCCCAGCUCAGAGGCCAUGGCGGCGCUGGUCCAAGAGCUACGGGUCCAGCUGGGCAUGGCGCUGUUCGGUGUGGACGUCAUCAUUGACAUACGCACACACACGCUCACCGCCAUCGACAUCAACAUCUUCCCCGAACUAAAGAAUACAAAUUGGUUCCGUUGA